AUGUCUGAUUUCCAGAAAGUCCUCCUUAUCGGCGCCAGCGGCUCAAUCGGGAGCUUUGUACUCGCAGCUUUAGAAGCUCAGUCAGACUUCACCAUCACCCUCCUCCAACGUUCCUCGUCCAAAGCCGAACUGCCAUCUCACCUCAGGACCAUCACCAUCGCGGACACAUACCCUACUGAAGAGCUAGUGCAAGCGUUUGCAGAUCAAGAUGUGAUUGUAAACUGCAUGACAUCUCUCUCGGUCGCCGACCAGUUCCGCAUGAUCGACGCCGCCAUCACCGCCGGCGUUAGACGCUACGUCCCCAGCGAGUACGGGCUAAACAACAUGCGACCCGACGCCCAGGCUCUCAACGCCGUGUUCCACGACAAGGGAAAAGUGCAGGAGUACCUGCGGUCAAAGGGCGACCAAGGAGUCUUGGAGUGGAUGUCCAUCUCGUGCGGCAUGUGGAUGAAGUGGAGCAUGGCACACGAGUUCCUGGGGAUGCACGUCAAGGAUAAACGGUUCGUGAUCUGGGACGACGGGGAGGGGCUGAUGUCAUUCACCACGGAGGAGAACACAGCUACCGGCCUAGUAAGGGCUUUGCAGACGCCGGCGGAGACGAAGAACACCAACGUACUCCUGAGCGACUUCGCUGCCUCGCAGAAACAGAUUCUGGAAGCCCUUGAGAGAAUCCAAGGGGUCAAGUACACCACGGAAAUCGUCGACAGCCGUACUGUUAUCGAGGAGAAGCAGUCAGCUGUGAGAGACGGUGACGCUUUUGCGACGUUCUCGUUGAUUGAAACAGGGUUUGUCACGGGCAGGUAUGGCGGGCACCUGGAGAAGGAGGGUGUUAUUAUGAAUGAGAAGCUCGGCUUGCCGAAAAAGUCAUUCGACGAGGUUGUCACGGCUGCCCUCAAGUCUGUCGGCGCGAUUUAG